AUGCAUGUCAUCUUCUUCUGCAGUCACCUAAAGCACGACUUUGAGACGUUCUGUUUUCUGAGUGAGCCACCGCGGGUAGGCCCCAGAGUCGAAACUGGUGAGAAAUACCAUUUUUUCCUCUCUUGUGUGACCUUCAGGAAUCGUUGCCUGUGGAUGUCGCUGUGCUGCUGGUUUGGGGGCCUCCACGGCACGUUCGUGACCAGGAGCGCCCGGCCCAAUAUUGUCCUGUUGAUGGCGGACGACCUCGGCCUGGGCGAUUUAAGCUGCUACGGGAAUAACACGCUCAGCACCCCGAACAUCGACCGCCUGGCCAGCGAGGGCGUGAGGCUCACGCAGCACCUGGCCGCCGCCUCCGCCUGCUCCCCGAGCCGGGCCGCGUUCCUCACCGGCCGCUACCCCGUGAGAUCAGGCAUGGCGUCCGCCGGCGACCGGAACCGCGCCCUGCCCUGGCUGGGGGCGUCGGCCGGGCUCCCCAGCAACGAGACCACGUUCGCCGAACUGCUGCAGCGAUGUGGCUACCGCACGGGGCUCGUAGGACAGUGGCACCUGGGAUUGAGCUGCGUCUCUCGCGAUGACCACUGCCACCACCCCCGGAAUCACGGCUUUGACCACUUCUACGGCCUGCCCUUCGGGCUGCUGAGCGACUGCCAGGCGUCGGGCACGCCCGAGCUGCACCGCGGGCUCAGGGUCAGGCUGUGGGUGUCGACGGCGGCCCUGGGUCUCGUGCCCGUCCUGCUGCUUGUCCCCAGGCUCGCCCGCUGGCUGGCCGUGCCGUGGAAGGUCAUCGUCGGCUCCGCCCUCCUGGCCGCCCUGUUCUUCGCGGGCUGGUACUCCAGCUACGGCUUUGUCCGGCGUUGGAACUGCAUCCUCAUGAGGGACCACGAGAUCGUCCAGCAGCCGCUGAGAGAGGAGAGGGUGGCCUCGCUCAUGCUCCUGCCUCCUCUAUUGUGGGUUGUAAAGUACAAACGCGGACCUUUCCUCCUGCUGCUGUCCUUCCUGCACGUGCACACGCCGCUGACCACCAGAGACAAGUUCGUGGGGCGCAGCAAACAUGGCAGAUACGGUGACAACGUGGAGGAGAUGGACUGGAUGGUGGGUGGCGAAGGCAUGGGCGGAUGGGAAGGGGGCAUCCGCGUCCCGGGAAUAUUCCGCUGGCCGAACGUCCUGGAGGCUGGGAGAGUGAUCGACGAGCCCACGAGUCUCAUGGACAUUUACCCGACGCUGUCACAUGUCGCGGGAGGCGUAUUGCCCCAGGACAGGGCGAUCGACGGCCGCAACCUCAUGCCUCUGCUGGAAGGCCGGGCGCGCCAUUCGGACCACGACUUCCUCUUCCACUACUGCGGCGUCUACCUGCACGCGGUCAGGUGGCAUCAGAGGGACUGUGCGACUGUGUGGAAGCUUCAUUACGUGACCCCCAAAUUCUCCCCGGAGGGAGCUGGCGCCUGUUACGACAGCGGGCUGUGCUCCUGCAGUGGGGACGUCACCCACCACGACCCUCCGCUGCUGUUCGACGUGUCCAGGGACCCGUCCGAGUCUCGACCUCUCGACCCUGACCACGAGGCGCUGUUCCACCCGGUGGUCAAGAAGAUCGAGGCGGCCCUCAGGGAGCACCGCGGGACGCUCGCGCCCGCCCCGCCGCAGCUGUCCCUGUGGCACACGGUGUGGAAGCCGUGGCUGCAGCCGUGCUGUGGGACCUUCCCCUUCUGCGGGUGCGACAAGGAAGGGGACGUCCCGCCCCGCGCGUGA